AUGAGGAGCCCGCGAGAGCUUCCAGACCGAUCAAAAUAUUGCCGCUUCCAUCAGCAACAUGGGCAUGACACUGAACAAUGUCGUGAGUUGAAAAGGCAGAUCGAGGAGCUCAUUUGUAGAGGGCAUCUCGGACAAUACCUUUGGCCGGACAAGGAACGUUCGCCAUGCCCGGAAGGUCCCAUCGAACAACACAUAGACGUGAUAGCGGGCGGCCACGCAUCUGGCAGGGGCUCCAUGACAGGAAGAAAGGCAUACGCCCGAGCCGCCUCGGCCGAAGCCCCCAAGCACGGGCCUGAGCCCGAGGUCACUUUUUUGGCCGGAGCAUCCGAACAACCCGAGCACGACGAUGCCCUCGUGAUAUCGGCCAGGGUCGCCAACGCGCAAGUAAGAAGGAUCAUGGUCGAUACCGGGAGUUCGGCCGAUAUACUUUACCUCGACACCUUCCGGAAGCUCGGCUUGGCUAGGGAGAAUAUGAAGCCGAUGUGUUCGGCGCUCACUGGAUUCACCGGAGAUUCAAUCUCACCGCUGGGGGCUAUCACUCUACCCUUAACCUUAGGGGCCCCGCCAAGGUCGAAGACGAUGAUGACCACCUUUCUAGUGGUCGACCUCCCCACUGCGUACAACGCUAUCCUCGGUCGCACGACCCUCAACAAAGUCAGAGCCGUCGUCUCAACUUACUACCAAACUGUAAAGUUUCCGACUCACGCCGGGGUCGGGGAAGUCACGGGAAGCCCCCAAGAAAGCAAGAAUUGA